AUGUUAUUUAAUAUAUUUUUAUAUUUAUUUAUAUUUUGUAUUGUUAGCUCCGGCAUUAAAAAAUAUAAGAAAAUUCAUAAAAAUGAAUUAUCAGGACCAUUUCCAAUUCCAUUACUUGGAAAUUUACAUCAAUUAGGAAAAGAACCACAUUAUACAUUAACAAAAAUGCAUAAUGUUUAUGGUGAAAUUUUUAGAUUACAUUUUGGUGAUGUUUAUACAGUUGUAGUUUCAGAUCCAAUUUUAAUUAGGGAAAUGUUUGUUGAUAAUCAUGAAAAUUUUAAAUAUCGUCCAUUAUUACCAACAUUUAAAUUUGGUGCUGGUGGUGAUCACGGUUUAUCAUUAUCAAAUGAACGUUGGGAAAGAACUAGAGAAUUAGUACAAAAUGCAAUGAAAAGAACAUCAAUUAAAAAGAUUUAUGAUAUGUUGGAUAGCCAAGUUUAUGAAUUAAUUAAAUCAAUGAAACAGUAUCAAGUCACUGGUAACCCAUUUGAAAUUCAUUUAUAUGCACAACGUUUUACAUUAUCAAUAAUGUUUAAAUAUAUUUUUAAUGAGGAUAUUUCAUAUGAUGAGGAUAUUACCAAAGGCAAGAUAGCAGAAUUGGUUCAACCAAUGGACCAAAUUUUCAAAUCAUUAGGGUCUGGUAAAUUAGGUGACUUUAUAUCAAUCGCUCAACCAUUCUAUUAUCAAUGGUUAAAAUUCUCAGAUAAACAAUUUAAUGGACCAUUUUCAACAGUUAAAAAAUUCAUUUAUAAAAGAUAUUUAGAACAUAUAAAUACAAUUGAUCAUGAUAAUCCACGUGAUUUAAUGGAUUUAUUAAUUAAUGAAUUUUCAAAUGAUAAAAAUUUAAUUCCAACAAUUUUACAAACUUCACUUGAUAUGUUUUUAGCUGGAAAUGAUACAACAGCAGCAAGUAUAAUUUGGUUUGUAUUAAGAAUGCAAGAACAUCCAGAAAUUCAAUUAAAAGCUUAUAAUGAAAUUAAAGAUGCUGUAGGCGAUAGAGAUAGAGUAUUAUUAUCAGAUCGUCCAAAAACACCAUAUUUAAAUGCAAUUAUUAAAGAGAUAUUACGUUUAAAUCCAGUUGGACCAUUUGGAUUACCACAUCGUUCAUCAAAUGAUAUCGUAAUUGGUAAUGGUAAGUAUUUCAUUCCAAAAGAUUCACAAAUUCUUGUUAAUUAUAGAGGUUUAGGAUUCAAUGAAAAAUACUUUGAAAAUCCUUCACAAUUCGAUCCAUCAAGAUUUUUAAAUAAAAAUAAUGAUGCAUACAUGCCAUUUGGUGUUGGUGAUAGAAAAUGUGUUGGUUUACAAUUAGCAGGUGAUGAACAAUAUUUAUCAUUUUCAAAUAUUUUAUUAAAUUUUAAUUUAAAAAAUAUUGGUACACCAGUUUCUGAUUAUGAAGAAUUUGGUUUAACUUUAAAACCAAAUAAAUUUAAAGUAUUACUUGAAUCAAGAAAAUAA